AUGGACGUGUCCAUACAAUCUUAUGAAUAAAUAUUUCAUUUUCAGUAACCAUAAACUUUUGGAUAGGUCCUGGAGCCAUAUUUCGUUAUUGCUUUGAAUGAGGCUGCAGCUUAGCAAUCACAGACUGAUGACCAAUUUGAACACUUGAACAGAACUUAUAUACCGAGCAAGCUUAAUUGUCAUGUUGAACACAGGAUUUCAUGCCUUUUCAGGCCAUAUACGACAAUAAUGAUAAAAAUUAAAGAUGGCAAGAGACCAUUUGCGCCAACGGUCACAUUAUUUAGUCAAAACCAAAGAUAAGAUUUAGAUUUGGACUUCACAAUUUGAGUAAUAAUGAACCUAAUCACAUUGAUGUCUAAAUUCAAGAGAAGUUUAAGCCUAGAUCAUUGUAGAUGACAGUAACCAUUGCCAACGGUAACACUACUUAAAUAAGUUUAGAAUGUUGAGUUUUGAAUGCCAAAACAAGAUUUCCAUUUUGAAUGAUGAAGCUAAAUAAAUUUCUUUCUACAUUUAGAAAAACGUUCUUAAGCCUGGAUUAUAAAUGCCACGAGAGUUGGCGACCAUCUCCAACGGUAAAAUUAUCUUAUCCAAGUUUAGAAGCAAUGUCUUAUUGAACUCAAACAGAAUGUACCUUGGGAGAAAUGAAGCUAGAUAAUUCUACUUUAUAAAUUCAAGAACACUACUAGCCUGGAUUAAUAGAGAUGGCAAUGGGCUUUUCUAACAGUAACCUUAUUUAUCCAACUUUGAAGCAUUUAGAUGUUCUAAAAACAUGUCAGUAUUGACGAAUGAAGCUUAAAAAAGUAUCUUUCUAAGUUCAAGAACACUUCAAGCCAUAAUUUAUAGAUGGCAAGGGGUCAUUGCCAAAAGUAAGAUAAUUCAUUGUCCAAGUAAGAUUGAAGAUUCUGUUCAAACUUGAACUCUAUAUCAUAAAUUAAAUACCAAGUAGGGUAUUUCAUUUACAAAUUGCUUGUUAACAAGAGUCAGAUUAUAGAUGACAAAGGGCUGUGCUAACAAUAACUAAACAGGCUGACAUAGAGAUUUUAUUAUAAAAGUUAUCCACAAGAAUACGAGCUAACUGUACUAAGCCUGACGAAUGAAGGAUAUGAGUUCUUUUUCUGGAAAGAUGUAGCAAAGAAUUUCAUGCUGAAUGUGAAUAUGUGUCUUGGUAUUCACAUGAAUAGUUAGUUGUUCUUAGUUAAAACUUUGAAAGUCGGUCCAAGUGAAUGUGGUCAAAAAAAUAAGUGGAUAUAUAAGAGGCAAAGUUCCAAAGAGACAACCAAAAUAGGCAAAGUACAAGAUAUAUGCAUAAACUAGCUAGGAUUUAGCUUCGAUCAAAACUAAUCAGUAACAGUUUUCUAUAGCACUCUCUUCCCAAAUUAUCUAGUCUGAGUGGUGAUGCACAGGUGUGUAUUGAAUCUUUCAGUCUCUAUACAAUACCUCCUAGGUGUCAAGUAUGAAGACAAGCAUGAACCAAGAUUCCUGAAGUGUAAAAUGCAACCCAAGAUUCAUACUUUCAAGUUCAAGACGUGGCAGUAUUGUAUCCACUCAUCAAACAUACAUUUUAAAAUUUGAUUUAACCUCUAGAAGUAACUUCAUAUAUUAAUAUGUUAGCAUACUGGGGCAUCAAUCUGAGGUGCUCAUUGUUAAAGCUUACCAUGCUGAUCUAAAUGAAAAAAGGUUAACACUUCAAAAUAUUGAGAGGUGAGCUAAACAAGACUACUAGAUUGAUAGUAUAUAGCUGCACCUACAACUGUCUAGGUUAAGUUUAAAUAAAGACUUGCUGUGAAAUUUAGAACCUAUUAUAGACAGGGAGAGGGUUCUCUUUGAGUAGAAAACAAGCAAGAAAAUUCCAAUUUUCAUAUUUCUCCACUGCCAAGCAAGAAUAUAUUCAAAGGAAGACACAAAGACAGAAAAUUCACUUGUACACAAAUAUGAGUCAUAGCAGAAAGCAAGAACAAAGGAAUCUGGAGUCUACUUUAGUUUCUCUGGUUUGAUAAUUUCACUUUACGGCCUUACGCUUUGGUUACUAUUUUCGUCCCUGUACUACAUUUCUCCCUUAUCUAUUUAUUACCCAAGUCUUUGCCUGGGAGAUGACUUAAUCAAGCAGAAGUUUCAGUUAGUUCUUCUGGGUUUUUCAGCUUUCAUCAGUUUGGCUUCUCUUGGAUGGAGUCCCUAAUACUAAUCCUUUACAUCCUCAUUUCCACCACAACCUCAAGCACUCUAUGUGAUGCAAGAAGUUUAUCCCAAACCCAGAAAGCAGAACAACACAGAAGUACAACUCAAAUACUGAAGAAGGUGAAAGUAACAAACCACAUAGACAUACCAGUAGUACAAGCCAGCUCUCCAUUUUCUUCUCCACCUUCUGAUUCACCAGCACCAAACCCAUUGCCUACUGCAGCUGUCCCUCCUAAUCUUCCCUAUUGUGUAAAUCCACAACCACCUGCCAGUAUUUUAUCUCCCACAUACCCACCUCAAAAUGGGCCUAGCCCACACCAACCCUGCAUCAUUCUAAGCCCACCCAACAAUACCCCAACCCAACCCAACAUUCCUCUAAGCCCACCCAUAAGUCCUCUAACCCCACCAGCAGUCAAUCCCUCCCCUACAGUCAACUCCCCACCACCAACUGGACCAAAAAACACUCCUCCACACACAAAGCCCCAGUCUGGAGUGUGGUGUGUAGCCAAGCCGACCGUGCCCGACCCGAUAGUCCAAGCGGCCAUGGACUACGCGUGCGGGUCGGGGGCAGACUGCAAGUCAAUCCAGCGAAACGGGUCGUGCUACCAACCCGACACGUUGCUCUCCCAUGCAUCGUAUGCGUUCAACAAUUACUGGCAGAGAAGGAAGGUGGCCGGAGGGACUUGUGAUUUUGGAGGGACAGCGAUGCUGGUCACUGCUGAUCCAAGUUUUGAUGGAUGCCAGUUCUUCUACAAUGGAUGACUCAAGAAUGAGUAUCUACUAGCUAGAUUAGACAAAAGAAAAUAAAGAUCGACAAUGUCAAUUUCGAUUCUCAAAGACAGAUGUCUUUGUUAUUUCAACAAAGACGGAUGUCUUUGUCAAACAGACAUCGGACUUUAAUUAGAUGGGGUCCUAUGAAUUUGUCUAAUUGCGAUUUUGGAUGUAGACAUAUUAUUGGCCUAUGGGGGACUUGAAAGCUAAGUGAAAUUGUCUUUAUCUUCCUGUCUUCCACUCUCCACUUGUAACUUUAUUUGUAUAAUGAAUGUACCUGUUUCUCUAUUA